AUGACACUUGUUGAAGUUGAUUCUCUAGAGAUUGUCGUUAUUGUUGACAAUGAGCUGGAUGUCAUGUCCCCUCCCCCACCCGAUACCGUCCAAGCGACUGGGUUGAUGGGCAAUAUAGCACUCGAAUCUCAAUAUGACUUGCAUCACCGAGGCGACGCUUCAAAGGAGCUUCGCAUGGACAGUAUCUGCUGCUCUGCCCAUGGACUUUCAGUGAUGAUUACGGCGACUAGAGGAGAUGUCAGGCAUACAAUAUUGUUUGACACUGGCCCAGAAGAAAGCGUCUGGGAACGCAAUGUUAAGCGACUCAGGGCCGAUAUUUCGACCAUUGAGCGUAUCCAAUUAUCCCAUUGGCAUCGAGACCACUCAGGCGGUAUGCUUCGCGCGAUACAGAUGAUUCGAGACACACAAGCGGCGAAUGGUCGCAGCGGUCAGGAUCUCGUGGUCGACUUGCACGAAGCACGCCCAGACUACCGGGGAUUCAGCAUCGGGUCUGAAAUAAUUUCGCUUGAGGCAGACCCCACAUUUGAGGAGAUCGAGGAUGCGGGGGCGAAGGUAGAAAAGACCACUUCCCCUCACACAGUCUUGGACGGCAUGUUCCUUAUCUCAGGAGAGAUUCCGCGCAUCACGGAAUAUGAGACCGGGUUGGCGCAUGCGGUGCGCUUUGAUAAAUCAACAGGUCAAUGGGACAAAGAUGAGAUAAUUGCUGAUGAGCGGCUUCUUGCAUGCAACCUCAAGGACAAGGGUCUCGUUAUAUUUACCGGUUGCAGCCACGCCGGCGUCGUCAAUGCAUCGAGACACGCAGUGGAUUUGGCCGGGAAGAAUAUUCCCGCCUACGCAAUUUUCGGCGGAUAUCAUCUUGCUGGAAGCGAAGCAGCCCAGAUUGAGGCCACGGUUAAGGACCUCAAAGCACUCAACCCUAAGAUUUUGCUUCCGGGUCACUGUUCCGGCUGGAGAGUAAAGUAUGAGAUCGAAAAGGAGAUGCCCGGUCGUUUGGUUCCGCCGUCCGUCGGAGCCAAGUUGACAUUCUGA